CGAACCUAAUGUCAGAAAGAAUAGCAUGCGGUGUUAAUUUCGCUAACUGUCGCAGUUUUGAGAUUUUCAUCGACUGAAUAACGCGGGCUGGGUGUAUUUGAAAUGAAUAGCAUUUCUGCUGACGUUUUUGGACGGAUAAUUCUGUCGGCUUACCUGUCUUUUCCUCGAAUGUUCUCCGGCAACUACACGCUCGCGGAGGUUCUUUAUGUACUUCGCCAUAAUUCAACCACUCUGUGGUACAUAGCCAAUGCGACUGACUUGGAUGAAAAUGUGGUAGAGCGGACUGUUGACCUGUACUUGUGGGUAGAUGAGUAUAUCUUGCAGGCCACUGAAGAGCCACCAACGAGCAACACGACCGCCAACGCGUAAGUGUCACGCCGUGUUCGUAAACUAUACCUGUUAGAGCUCUAGAGUGAAUGUUUACCUUUUUAUGGGAAGCUCUCGGUAAGAUUUUAAAAAGGAUGGCUUUUCCUUACCUUUGUAUUGAAAUUUUCAACGGUCGAAACUCAUUCACAUUGAAUUUGUAGCGAAAUGUAUGCCCGACCCUCCAAAUACACACUUGAGCAUUGAAGGUCGUGAUUUUGAAAGUUUUACAAUCAUAUUUCUUUCGACCAUCACUCCUCAAGGUGAAUUUUAAACAAGUAAAUUAUGUUGUUAGACUUCGCCCAAAUUAUUAUCCUCUUAAAAUAGCGUUUCCUUGAGUGUCAUUGGUAUUGCUCAACAGGAAAAUUAGUUGUUGAAUUGCUGGUGAGACGGCUUAUUUUAACGAUCGAAGCAAUAUUUUCGAGUGAUUGUAAACACACUAACGUGCGCUUAAUAUCCAAUGUUCUGUGAAGCGUGACAGAGUUCUAGAGCGAGCGUGCUCUUCGUUUCACGAAUUUGCUCUCUAAGUGGCGACGGAAAUCAUUUUGGCGGCUUUAUUUUGUGAUAAGCUGUUGCAGUUGCCUCGAAUUGUAGCUUUAAACCAUUUAUGUACGGCUCACGUUAUGACACUGUAAAUGUAUUCAGCUUACGAUCGAAUAUUUUGUCUCCUUGGCCUGGCGCUGUGAGAAUGAAAUGCAGCUGCAAACCAAACGGUAGUCGCAAACGCUACCCAUAUCCUCGACCUUUAUUUCGAAACUAAAUAUUCAUUAAAAUACAGGCGUCGAGGACAUAUUUAUCGCCUUGAUCGAUUAGAAAUUCGAAUUAGCUGCUUGCUAAGGGUACAUUUACAUUCUUUACACAGAUACUCUCGUUGUCACAAUAUGCAUAGGAUAUGGCAUUUGCAAAUAUUAUGCUUCAGAAAGCCCGACAGUAUAAGUAUUGGAGAAAAAUGUGACAAGAUUCACAUUAACAGUCUUCAUCCUUGGAGAAGUCUCAAAAUCCAGUUACAAAAUUAUAAAACGACAAACGACUUGUCUGAAAUGUAGCUGAUAAUUUCAGCACGGCAAAAAUAAGACACAGGUCUUAACCUUACACGCAAUGUCGCGAACGUCUUAUAAUACCGCACCAAAUUACCACGGUCACGGCUCGAGCCCCAUCCAUUUAGACAUUAUGAGAGAACGAACUCAUUCAAUUGUACGACUAACUCAAGCAAGCGGUAAAUUAUUUUCACGAUCGUGUCUUAUCCAAGAUCCGAAUAGAAUUCAAUCGAUCUCUCGUCGUGAUCGGUUGUUAUAGAAUACAAAUAGGUAAAACUGGUUCAAAAGAGGCGGAAAGGAUGUCAACAAUAUAUUGUUAGAGGACUUGGGUGCGGAAGUUGCAUUCGUAUAGCUAAAAUAUAUGUUUACAGUGAGACAAUUUUACAAGUGGAGAUGAGUAAUCCACUUUCCUUGGAUUGCCUCUCAGUCUCAGAUGAAGUAACAAGUGGUAGAUUUAAAAGAUACGUUACAGAUUAGCCUUUCACGCGCUAUUAAUUAGGACGUCAAUGGCAUUUUCGGUUUGUUUAUGUAUUCUGUUUUCGGAAAAAUUAAAAUGAAAAACCCUAAUUCAAUUCAUACAAUAUGAAUUUAAAAAGACGAAUUUUACGUUGAAGAUGAUUAAGAGAAGAAAAUGAUCUACUUGUUUGUUUUAACCUCUAUUUCGAUGUUGCAACCCACUCGUGCAUAUUUUGGCUAACCCUGAGGGUCUCCCCGCUAUGGGCGAAUAUCGAUUCAGAAAAAGCGACCAAUGGCUACAUGUGUCUCCUACUAGUAUGGAUAAAGAAGGCCUACAAAGAAUUCACGAGAUUCAAUCUGUUUUCAGUUAUUCCACUUCUUUCAGCGAGUGUUAGACUUUCAGUUUUAUUCGCACUUUGGCAACUGGGUGUUUCACAUGCCUAUGCAUACUGUAUUUCCUCAAAUGAGCACCCAUGCUCAGUAAGUGCCUUCCCCCGACUAACUCCCCACUCUUAAGGAAAUCGAUUAUCAGCACAUAGAUUGAUUGGUUGAUGAGUGAUACCCGAUUUCCUUACGUGCUCGGUUCUUUUCGAUGGCUACAGUGUCUAUUGCUUUCUAAAGUAGUAGACACAGAAACGAUUUAAAUGAAUCCCUCAGUAGACACAAAAACGAUUUUAUUGAACCCCUCAAUUGUGUUCGUUUCAUCACUUUCGGGUUUUUCAUCCAAGGUUAUUGAUAUUACUACAGUAUUGGAGUUAGUCAAUUACAGUCGAACCUGUACUUAGCGGUCAUCUUGGGUGAAUGGUGCUUUAUACAGGUCGACUUAUUAAUACAGGUUCCACAGAUCAGGAGUAUUGUGAAACGAUACGCGUCAUAUUAUGCCAUAAUUGAUCAUUUAGCCUACAAAGACUCGUACACAAAUACUAUUAACGUUGAUUUCGGGAGAUAAACAUAGAUUAAAAUUUAAAUGAAAGUUUAUUCUUAGUUUUAUCACAGUGGUCCCACUUUAAGAGACCGUUCAAUACAGGUUAUAGACAAUACAAACAGGCCGUUGGGACUCAGCAUAGGGUGACCACGACCGCUAAAUAGAUGUGAAUAUUACAGCUAUUAAGGGGAAACAAUUUCUGGACUUUGAUAACCUACCUACUUAAUAUAGGAUGACUGCUUAAAACAGAUUCGACUGUAUAUUCACAAGGAGUCUGAUUCACCUACUAGCAACCACCCGUACAUGUUCGGUUAAAGGAAGAGACAAGUUUUCAAAUUAAGAAAGAAAGAAAGAUUAAAAAAACCGACAACAAACAACCAUUACAUGCUUACAAAGUGCAUGGUUUGUCGUCAGUUUUGGGUGUAAAGGCACCGGUUCUUUUUUUGCUUGUUUUUUGUUUUUUGUUUUUUCGCGUAGCUCUGCCGCUUUUUUAUCAUUGGACACCCGAUAAGCGUCUACAAAAGGGACUAGAACUCCCAGAUCAAUGUCAGUAUAUAGGCAACUUUGCACCCACCCCUUCCUAACCCAACAAUAGUCAACUGAUCACAAGUUUGGGUUAAAGCGGGUGAGGGGAAGGGUAUUUGCGCAGCUCCUUAGAUAUAGACAUUGAUCGAAACUUCCAACUGGUUUGUCUAGGUUCACCAGUGUAGGCGACAUUUCAUGUUACGUUCAGGUUCUUAGAUUCAGUAAUGUGAAACGAAAUGAUUAAUGUUUAUUUCCAUAGUACUGAAAUCUGCGUACCUGAGGUGACUGGCGGGGAAUUGACAUAUCUUUACCUAAUCUUUGCGGUAUGUUUCUUCAUAUUUUUUCAAAUAAAAGUAAUGUUAAUAGAAGGCCCUGAGAAAAUGGUGGAGUAGCUUGACAAAGGCUGCCAAAUAAUCUUAAGUAGUGCGUUGUUGCUAAGAUUACUUUGAACGAACUGUAAUAUAUAGGCUUGGGAAAGCAGCUGUUAGUUUCCACGGCCUUCUAUUAUAUAAAUUUUAAAAUAAUUGUCAGUGUACAUUGAAGUAUUAAACAAAGCCUUUCCAUUGGGUAACAAUGCAGUAUUUUCAAUGAUCUUUUGAAAGUCCUAUUUUUUUUUUCUUUUACAGCUGAUAAUCUUGCUAGUUCUGUCAUUUCUUAAAACACGUAAAAGGAAGGUUAAAGUGUGCGGGGGCAAAACCAUUGGUCGUCCAGGAUUGUGCAUGUAAGUAUAAAUUGUUCUUUUCCUUAUAAGUUUACCUUCCCUAACAACUAUAUAUGGGUGGAACAAGAGUACUUUGAUAUCUACGUUACACUAACAACAAUAAAGUUGUGCGCUACUGACAAUAAUCUACACUAUUUACAACACUAUACCCAACUAACAAUCUUGGUUUUACAUAGAAAACUAUUUAACACUGUUUAAAAAUAGUUUUUGCGUUAAUCUACUUAAUGUACUUAUUGUACAAUGCACAACCUAAUAUCUGAUACUUAUCCGGAUUUAAGUGGCUACGUUACUGUAUAACACUUCUCAGAACAAAUUACUCACAAUACUACGAAUAGUUACAGUGUCUUGAAAAAUAGCGCUAUAAACCAGAACAAAGCAAAAAAGAAACGAAAUAACAAAACAGAAACAAUUGUUUCUCCAUUUAUUCUUGUUUCUAAAUAACUCAUUUCCAUCGUCGCUGUUGAUAAUAUGUGCUGUGGUUCACAGUACUGUCGAAACUCUCCAUAAGGUUCCCCUCGCGGACAGAGGAAAGAAGCAUCUGUGAAGACUAACGCGUCAUCAGAGAUAAUAUUACGCCUUUUUCAUGUUUUUUUUUUUUUUUUAAUUUUUGCUUUAAAGUCUUGGACAAGUUCGGAUUAAUGUCAGUAUCUGAGCAACUACGCACCUACCCCUCCAUGAAUGAACAUUAACCCUAAGUUAUCAGGUGACUCAGUUGCUGGCAUUGAUCACCAAGCUCUAUCAAUUCGGUGAAACAUGAUCAAUAUCGAGCGACUAUUUAGGUCGUUUAACGAGCUUCAAAGGCUUUUGUUAGGGUUCAACGAAUUAGGGGAGGUUCGACUGUAUGAACUGGUCAUUUUACCCGAGUGAUGUUUAUCUUAAGACGGUUUAUUUUUGUUUUAUUUUAGUCCGGUGAAUUUAGUUGACAGUUACGAAAAUAGAGUUGGCUUUGCUUGUGCGUUCGGUGCUACGACAUCGAAAUGCUUGGACAUCUUAUUCAAUGGGGACUUUACUCAAAUAUUCACGAGGGAGGAAAUUCAAUAUUUUGAAAAAAUGCCCUCGUACACGUCAAGUAAGCAACUCUGGAAAAUUGCGCUACUUAAGCCUUAGCGAAACAAAACUCGUAAUCGCACAGAUUAAAUGUGUGCAAAAGUCCUAUUCAAAUGUAUGGAUUUUAAAUUAUUCAAUUACAGUAGGAUUUUAUCCUCUACAAGCUAUGGCUCAAAUAGCUCCUAGCUCCCAUUGAGCGUUCAAGCUAAGUUAGUUAAUUAUAGCGCUUUGCUGGUAUCGCGGGAUGGUCAUGGGUUGUAACCCUAUAUCUUUAAGGGCUUUCCUUUUACUUCAAAUGAAUGAUUUAUUCGAUUGAUUCAGCAAAGAUAAUUGAACAAUCAAAGAAAAGAACCGCAAAGAAGUAGCAGCCAGUUCAGUUAUGAUUAUAUACUUACUGGUUUUUCUUUUUUCAUCCUCACGGAUGCUGGUUUCUGUUUUAGUUAUACUUAAACCGUGCGAUGCAUCUUGUUAAACUAAGGCUACUCAUUUGAUCAAUUCAAACUUUUCACUGUAAGUUCAUAUUCGAGAAGUAACCAUACGCUAUAAAUUAUUUAUUCAGAUUGAGUUCAGUCGUGUGUACUCAGGCGCUUGUUCUAAGUAACGUUCCUCUAUAUGGCUGCUCUGAUUAAUUCUUCUAUGUUAAUUUGUUUUCUCUACCUUUCUUUUCCGCAGUUGUUUGGAAGAUAUUGGCUAUGUUGUUUAUUGGCGUCUCCUAUUACCCUCUCUUCGCUUGUAUGGCCUCUAAUUGGAAGAUCACGGGCUAUGUCUUCGGUUUCCUAUACUCCACUAUGUGGUUAGUUUGACGUGUUUCCCAUAAUCCUUUGAUUAUGGGAAUCACUCCAGAAUCGUACAUGUAGGUCAUGUGAAUAAAGGAAAUAAUCACCGACUAAAGAAGUUCUUGAUUGCAAAACAAAUUCUCCUUGUCAGCACCUUAGGAAAUGUAUAGGGAACAGUAUAGAGAAUAUGCAUACUGAAGUUUGGGUGGAAAGGAGUAAGCUUCAAACUUUCUUUUUCUUUAUGAUUAUACAUGUUUAAAAUUAUUAAAACUCAUCUUUUGAGUGAUGUCGAACGGAUGGUAUGACCAUCGCAGUUAUUGUAUUUGGGUACAGUUGUGUUCAAAGGUGCAAGUGUUCGAGGGAGCUAUUCGAUAAAGCUUUGUUUAUGUGUUAGUAAAUCGGAAGUAACCUUGGUUUUCAUUGUCGACGAAACUUCAGCCAGUAAUCUACAAAUGCUUUUAAAGGAAAGUUUUUGGAGCCGUUUCCCAGAGUGCUAUCAAUAUGAUCAUAACUUUUUUGGUUCUACUUCUUUCAUUUUUCAGGAUUAUCUUUGAGAUAUUAAAGCCCCUGCAGUGUCCGGUAUGUAAACCUUAAAAAGGCGGCAUUCUUUAUGACUAAAACGGCCAAUCUUAGCGAAGAAACAUCACGAUGAGCCAAUGAGGAAUGAAUCAUGUGUAAGCCAACUGGCAUAAGUUCAAGAAACGCAUUUUCAUUUCUUUCGAUACGUAACUGAUUGAAAACCAUUUUCUUUAUAUUUUGCCACUGUUAUUUGUUUUUGCACAUGGCAGAUACAUCCAGCUCACAGUAUAAACUUUUCUCCCCUUUUUAAUGACACUUGAAGGCGAUAUCAUUCUCUCACAGUACUCUUUCCUUUGUUUUGUUGUUGCCUUGUAGGAAUUUGCUGGAGUUAUAUUUGCUGUUGAGCUUCCCACGUAUUUGUGUUUGAUCUACCUUUGUGUGAAGUACUUUGUGCUAUUGGUAAGAGGGAUAUACAGGAGAUGCCGUCCAGGUGCUUCUCCAAAGGUAUAUUUUUCUCGCAGAUGAAAAAAAAAAGGAAAAGAGAUAAAUCAAUCUUUAUGAGAACUUGAUAUGGAAAAAAAAGAAAGAAACAAGGACGAAAACCUGCAUGCUUUUUUUUUCAAAUGUUUGUUUUUUUGUUUAUUAGUUAUUCUUUUUUUGUUUUGUUUUGUUUUUUUUCACAUUCUUUUUUUAUAUUUAUUUUUUUUCAGGACGAAGAAAAUGAGUGGAUGACGUUUUACAAGUAUAGAUACGUCGUUAAGCUUUUAGAGCCAGUACCAAAGGAGUAGGUUGAGUUAUUCUUUAUUGUUAAGACUCAUUUUGCUUGAGCGUGUAGAGUGUGAUGACACAGACAAAUUUGGGUCUUGGAGGGUAGCUACAAUACAUAUAGUUCCACGAAGUAAAUUUGGAGAUUUAUGGUGAAAGCGCAAACGAAGGCGAACCAAAUUUGGCAGUUAUUACUUAGAUAAUUUGUUCGACUCGAGUCCAUUAAAUGCACUUAAAAUUUUUUCUUUUCAUUUCAGAUUUAGAGACAAAAGCGGGGAUACUUCUUUGAAAGGAAAGCUGAAAGGAAAGUUUUACAAGUGGAGACCGGGUAUGCGAAUGACCAACCUUCAGGAAAACAACAACAAUUACGACAACAGCAACAACAACAACAACAACAACAACAACAACAACAAUCCCAAGCCAACGAGUAGGAUCCCAUCGCUGCAACACAAUUGUGAAUCCCCUCAAAAGAUGAAUUAUUUUUUUGUUUGACUUCGUGAUUUUUUUUUUUACCUCUUUUUUCAGACUUCAAGUAUUCGACACGAGUCAUUUGCAUUUACGCUGUCAGCUUCAUUGGGAUAUAUAUGGUAAGUUUAUGUAGGAAGACACAUGGAAAAAAAAAACUUUUUUUUCUUUUUAUUCAAAGGAAAGUUUAAUAUUUUAUAAUCAUUACUGGGUGAAAACGACAAGAAUAAGAUCAGUUCUUGCUGUUUUAGUGUCUACUGCAUGGCUCAAACGCUGUUUUGCUAUUUUGUUACACGUCCUUUUUUUUUUCGAUCACCAUACUUUAUUGAAUGCGGAGCAGGUGUGUGUAAGGCUUAAUAUUUUCUGGAUUACGAGCAGUCUACGAGCAGUCUUUAUCUUUUCGGUGAAGUCUGUCCGUCGUGCCAUUCCUUCAACUCGUCAACCAUAAUUAACCUCGAGUGCUGAUUUGUGUUGACAUGCAUCAAAGCUUGUUGACAGAUCUCCGGCCAUUUCUAAUUAUAUUGCGUUGCGAGCGCAAUGCAUAAAUCAAACUCUUUGGCUUUUUCUGCAGUCCCUACUUUUCGUGCGCCUCACUCCCUGGGUUCUGUGCGGCGCGAUAACGUCAGUUUUGUUUUUGUUUUUGUUGUCACUGAGUUUUAAACUCGCCCAAUGGACUUCGCCUGAAAGAAAAGGGACUGCUAAUAGUCUUAGUACUUUCCUGGUGAAAACUAUAGCUGUCAUCUUUGAUUUUUAUGGCAGCAGAGGGCUGAGGAGAGAAAGAAAUUUGUACGUUGGGGGACGGUUGCAAGGGAAGAGAGGGUGAUGGGUGUGGCAUGCUUCUGUCUACUCCUCGUUCAUUAACGUACAUCACAAGUAAAGUAAUCACAUUGCCAUUGAAAAAGCAACUUUUAUUUCAGAUGUUGUGAUUUACCAUGCAUUAAUGAUCGACCUGAGAGAAAAUAUUCGCAUAAAUGUUAAGUAAUUCUCGAAACAUAUGCGCUUAGAUAAUAAAUUUCAGGCCUUUUUUUAUAUCUUGUCUCCUUAUUCAGAUUCUUUUUCUCGACUGUUGGUUUGCAAUGCAACUUCUUUGGUUACAGGACAGCAUUGUCGAAGGUUAUGUGGCUACCGUUGACACAGUCAGAGAGUGGCUGAUGAUUGGAGUAGGUGUGUGCAGUGAUCUUCUGCUAGAGGCCGAAAUGAGGGCGAAUACCGAUGAACACCAAUGCGAUUUCCCUCUUUGCCCCAAUAUUAAGCUACCACUUCUCUUAGCUCUUGCUCUUCAGGAUUUAUUACUUUUCUAUCGCGUUCCUCUCUCUUGUCACAGUUAAACCGUGUAAGAGGUGUAAAAAGAUUUAACACACCUGUAGAGCUCUUUCAUUCUGAUUCCAUUACAACUUUGCCUUCCUUCAUCUACAUCUUACUCUCUUAUCUCUCUCCCUGAUUAGUGCCUCUGUUUUUUUUUUUAAUCGUUGCCAGUAGUGGUAAUCAAUGUCUCGGCGGCUUUUAGGUCUAUUUUCCUCAUUUUCUUACUAGUGUUUUCUUUCUCAACAACAGUGUCCAUCUUCGUAGCUGCUGGAGUGGCUGGAAUUCACAGUAUAAUACUGGUGGCAAACAUGCUGUCAUGGUACAGGUGAAACACCAUUAUCUGUUCUUACCCAUAUGCGAUCACUAAGUUUAAACACUAUGAUUUCGUUUUAAAAGAGAAAUGUAAUCGUUUUUCUCACGAUGUGGUCACUUCGGAUGUUGGAGCGUGACGUUUCGACAAACGAUUGCAUUUCUCUUUUGAAAGUGUUAUUUACCACGACGACCAACCAAGACCAAUUUUACUAUGGGCGUUGUUGCUUAAAGGCUGGGACUGUCAAGGGCUUCGGAUAUACCCUUUUGUUUCCACUACAUGUUGUUUCUAUCAAUAUUUUGGUCAGAUAUUGUUAUGCAGACAUUUAAAGUGCAUUUGCUUGAGUGAGUUGUGGAUGGAAUAUCGAAGGCAAUAAUAGUGCAUUUACACCUGACACAAUCAAUGGUUUAAUCCCAACGCCCAGGAGACACCGAAGUAUUUCGUCUUUUUGUUCGUAAUGUGGUUCCCAUUUUUUUCCCUAGAGGACAUUUAUUACGUCUUCAACGUGGGGAAAAGAAUUUUCUACCAAAGGAAGUCUUCGACAAAAAACCUUCUGCUAUCACGGUAAAGGGCAAUAAUUUCCUAGAAAGAGCGCGUUUGCAACAGAGCUACAUUGAAACUAAUCUAGUUAUGCUAUAUACUGCAGUCUCAUCUAUUCCAGCGAGAUUAAAAGGUGAAAAAAACGUGUGAAUUACCACACUGCUACAAGCACUUGUAGUAGCUGAAACACUUUAACACUCGUGUUUCUACAAAAAAAAAGAAAAUCUAGGAAUAUUGAAGAUAUUUUUAACACAUUUCAAAAACGUGACAAGUUCAUACAUGGCUAACGAAUUUAGGUCGCCGAAUAAGCGUUCUUUACUUCAAAUUCAAAUUCCUUAAAAAAAAAAUUUAUGAAUCUGAAUGAAAGUGUACUUAGGCACCUUGAUGUUGCUCUGAUUUCAGGUUGCGACGCUGAAAUACGCAGGCUUCCAAGUGGCUUAUUUGUGUUGGGGUAGGCACCUUUUUCAUAGCAUAUUAAACUUUCCUCAGUGUAUUUUCAGCAUUUGCUUCCGAAUGUAUAAUUUCGUGAGAUUGUUGAUAACUAGAUAUUUCGAAGCAUUCAUCAUACAUCGGAGAAAAUAUACCUCUUAGGUGUUCUUCGCGACCAACUGCUGAAGUGCGAUUACUUCCAUCACCGAAUUUUAAAUUUUAAUUUUUGAUGUUAUAUUCUGCUAGCGCAGAAGAAAAAGCAACAGCAACAACCAAAACUUUAAUUUGAUGGUUGCAUAGUGCAAGAAACUCGAGUUUUCGUCUCAUUUCCUUCUCAAGGUGCGGCAAUCACCACUAUAACUGUGACCGCAAUCGUUUUUGUGAUUGGGCAACAACUCAUUAUGCCCAUGGUGCGUGGAAACUUUGACACCUUUCUCUGGUUGAAGCUCCUUAAUCUCUGGUAAGCUUAGUGAUUAUUUCACAUAGUCCAGGCAAGGGCAGUAGGCGAUGGAAUUUUACUCUCUUUCGUUCGCAUUUUGUUUUAUUUAUUUAUGUACACACUUAUUAAUUUUUUUAUCUAUUAAUCAUUGAUUAAUAUAUUGAAAUUGGGAUAAAUGUAGAACUUAUGGGUAAAGGUUAUAUCUCUCAGUCGGUUAUGUACUUGCGUCAAUUAAGCUGGCCCUUAAUAAUUCAAAAGUUUGUACAAAUUGACACUCCCUUCUAAUUUGAACUGAAAGAUAUGAUAAACACUUUACCAACUUCGUUUUCCAGAUCUGUAUUGUUAGUUACGGAACCUGGUUUUUCUCGCCUGGAAGUAUGGCCCGCGCAAUUCCCAGCUAGGCCUAAAAUCCGAGCGCAAAACACAAGGUCCGUAAGUAACGGUACGGACCUCGAACUGAGUCAGUAAAAAGUAUGUAAGACUUAACAGCUAGCAAUAAUUGUUGUCGUUCGUAAAAAAGAAGCAUUUUAAUUUUUCAAAGGCUUUUGAUUCCCACAUAAAAGUCAAGGUCGCUUUUUGCGAUCAAUGAAUGUCACCAAAAUCGGUAGCCUCGAUGUUAGAGGGAGAGCAAUGAAAUGGGAAAAAAUUUCAUUUACAAGGGCUAGCCCAAAAUAGCCACAAGCAUUGAAAGUCAGUGGCCCAAAUUCCGGAUGUAUAUAAUUACUAAAAAAAUACAAUUGCAACUGUAGUAAAAAGCAUACCUCGCAAUCUAUCAGAAAUAACCUAUGAAGGCAACGUCACAGUUAGUCAAUGAUGAGAGUAACAUAAUAAUUCUAAUAAUUUUCUACAAAUGUGCUAUUUGAGAUGAGUAUUUAGCUGGUAAGAUAUAAUGGCACAUUGGUCAUUUCUGUAAGCUUAUUGUUCCUUGACGUUUGCUGAGAUGUUGUGAAGACAAAUGCACUUUGCUUUCAUGGUAUAGACCAGGUUAUUGUAAAGCACAGUGCAAAUAUGUUUAUUAUUUUGAUGUUAUUUUAUGUUUCAGGCCCGCCGUCUUGAUUUCCUUGGCGUUCUUCUUCUUCCAGAUAUUAAUGGCCAAAUAUGCAUUUUUAGUAGGCAAGGAUACUACAUUGGCCUUGGAUAACAGGUAAACCAGGUUCGAGAUUUAAAGUUUUGUCUUGGGAACGCUCCGUACCUCUCUUCUUAUACUGAAAACGUGGGCAUGAAAUUUCCCUGGACUUUUUUUCUUAUUCGCGUCAUGAUAUGCUAUUUUGGGAAGUACUAAGACUCCUUUCCAAAGAGAAAGGUAAGAUAAUAAAGAUAGAGAUAAGCUUGCAAAAAAGCAAGAAUGAUGAAGAAAUGCAAAUAUUGCUUCCGUUUGCUUUAUGAGAAUUUUUUAAAAUAGUCAUAAAUAGGAAAGUAGGCUUCGUCUCUGAAGAUGCUAAGCGAGUGACGUGGCUGUUGCAAUUUCUUACUAAUUAACCUUUAUGCUGCUUACACUCAGGCGCCUAUUCCACAUCUGCACCUAUUUUUUAUUUUUCUUCAACGUUUUUCUCGGCGUUGUAUCUUGCCUCAAGCGAAUUUUGAUUGGUGCCCUUCUUGGCGUCUUGUUUCUUGGACGAACACAGAAGAGUCUUAUAUCACGGGAUUGGGAGCUGAAAGAUCCAGGUAACAAAUAGUACUAUAGUAGGUUUUGUGCACUACAGUGCUAGAUUUGGGUUUUUGCUUUAAUUAACUGGACAAAAAUUAAGGCACUUGUGCUGGUGUCCGCCUAUGAAGAGUGACUGCUUUGUUUACGUUUUGCUUGUGAAGGGUUUCAGUCUAUCGAAUCAUUGAAAACUUGCGUGUGUAUUUCUUGGCAGGAUUUAAUGCAUACGUUGGAUAUCUGCUCUUGGAACACACUCAUGCUAAUCCAGUGCUGGUAACGUUUUGCCAACUGCUUGUCAAGACACUUAACGACAGAGCGGAUCUUGAAAUGUCAGAGAGCUUUGCUGAAACAAACCAUAUUAUUAAUUCUUCAUCUUCAAGUAAGUCAAAUUUCUUGUUCUAGUUCUGAACAACAGUACUGCUCACUUACAUCACCCAUAUAAGCAAACACUCAACGAAGUAUUAGUAGCAGCAAGUUGCAGAGACGUUGCGUUUGCUUUAUUUGUUGCAAGAGUUAUCUCUUGCACGCAGAGUGUAAGACUUUGAUAGAAACAUGCUGUUUCUUUUCCUGAUGAGAUCAUCAUUCCCAUAGAUCCUCAAAUAUUUUCGGGAACGACGUUUGAAAUGUAAAGCUUUACGGCUCAUAUUCUUAAAUCCAAUCACAUCCAAUCACCCCCCUUCCCUAACUAGCUCAUUCCUUCUUUCCCUCUGUGUUCUCCAAUAUGUCCUAAAUUGUCAUCCAUAUUAAGUAUAGUGUCUCUUGACUUUUUUUCUAAUUGAAACCAGAUCCCUUAAAUCGUGAAAAGAAUCACAUGUUACCACCCCGCAGUUUCCAAUGCACUUUUAUUCUCUUUGAGGUUCUUUCCUUUUUUAUUUUCAUGUAGACAGCUCUGAUUGCAUCAAUUUUGUAAAAAUCCAAUUCAUGAUCAUUUUGUUUCUUGCUAUUUUCUUUUUCUAUCGCUGAUCCUGGUCGUCCUUUAAUCUGCUGUGGGUCGGUUGUCAACCCUAAACUGAAUUACUCUUAAAUGCUCGUCCUCAGACAACCAAGUAAGUAUUGAACUAAAUGACAGCUCGAGCAAGAAAAUGAACCGAACAGUUCGCAAUCGCUGGCAGCUACUUCUUACGCUGCAUAACAACCCAUCGCUUAAGGAGCACAGACGAUCGGAGCUCUUCGUCCAAAAGUCGCCUCUGGCAGCUUUUGGAGUUAUGAUAAAGAAAGGCAUGAUGCCGUACAGGGUUGACGAGGAAAAGGAAAAGGAGCAUGAAUCUGAUGUUGAAGAUAUCAAACUGUGAUUUACAGCAAUGUCUCAGAUCAGGUCACAAGUUAUUUCAAUGUUGAAAGUCCUGGUUAUAAACAAACAAUAUGUUUCUGAUUGACCCGCCUAUAUUCGUUCUGGUAAAGCAGAAAUAUGCGUAUUUGGCAGAGUCCGUGUUUUUUAAAGAGACGAAAGUUCUCGUAGGGUACUUGAAUGUUUGUGAUCUGAUUUGUUGCGAAAAAAAUUUCUUCCAGAACGAUUGAUAUAUAAGAGAGUACAAAGUGCUGGAUAAUAGGACCACUGCACCUUAGUUCACUGGAUGAACGAUUGUGAUAAAUUUAGUAAACCUAUGUAGCCGAGAGAGUUGUGAUGUUAAAUCAUGUACAAAUACCAUUGCCAAUAUAGGGAUACAGGUUUUUAAGCAAUGUAUAUUAUGACUCUAUGUUUCUUUAUUUAUUCAAAUUCUGAGAAAUAUUUUCAGGAAUAUGUGUUGAAGUUAAACCGAGUUUAAAAAAUGCCGUUUCCCUCUAAUGUGUGUCUAAAUUCCCUUUCAGAAAGGGAAUUUAGUUAUCUUUUAGCAAGAGGCCUUUUUGUGUUUGCAAUACUUAUUUCAACUCGGCGACAAAUCUCAUGGUAAUAAACUUUGAAUGUAAAAUGAUGUUAUUAAAGAAUGGCCC